AUGCUUCUGAAUAAAGAAAAUGAUGCUCUUUAUUCUUGCCAUUCCGUUUGGGACUCGGCCAAUGCCCGGUUGUCAGCAUGUGCCAUGCGAUAUGUCUCUCUCAUUCCGGGCAUCAUAGUCUUGGUCAUUGGAUUGAGCCAUGCGCUCAAUCGUUCUUCCUUGGUUCGCUGUCCAAAAUGGAUGCGGCCUUUCGUUGCUGAACAGCCGCCAUGUCCUGAGCUGCCAUCAGAGAGGCCAAGACAAAGAACGGGAUGGGUGAUUGCCCUUCUUGCGUUCUCAACAGUUGGAUUCGCAGCUGAGGUCACGAAAAUUGUGCCAUACGCGCCCACGCCGACCAAUAUUAUUCUCCUAGUACCUUGGGCAGUUGCAAUUGUUUUGAUCGCCAUAGAACGCCCAAGGUCCUGUCCAGUAUCGAUGCUGUCUUUCUUUGCUGCAGAGCUGGCCGUGGAAACGGCAUUCAUACUAAAUCGUGACGCUUAUGCAGUGUCGAGGGUUUAUACUCAUUACAUUGCCGCUAGUGCUGACGCUGCUGCCUGCGCAACUAUCCUCUGUAUGCCAUUUCGCGGACCCUCACUUCCCCGCGUUGAUAUUGGCGUCGUGGGCCAACCGCCAUCGAGCAAAUUUCGCAGCCCCGAGGACAACUUACGACUUUGGCAAUUUCUUACUGUGUCUUGGAUGGCCCCGCUGAUGGCAGCCGGCAAGAACAGACAGUUAAAUGAGGAUGAUGUUUGGUUCUUAGGUUUCGAGUUUCAGCAUCGUAGACUGCAUGAACGGUUCCGCCAGCUCCGUGGAUCUGUCAUAUCUAGGCUCCUUCAAGCAAAUGGCAUCGAUGUCCUGAUCAUUACCGGAAUCUCUACGGUGCAGAUGCUUUGUGACUUUUCAACUCCCGUGCUUCUGCAACAGCUCCUCAAGGCAAUGAGCGACCCUAACGCACCAAAACGUGUUGCCUUGACAUACGCGUUGCUGUCAGUAGUGCUUCGUUUGGUUGCAGCACAGUCUCAGGUAUUGAACCUUUGGUACGGUAGACGCUGUUACGAACGGAGCAGAGGUGAAAUGAUCAUGAUGGUAUAUGAGAAGGCAUUAUCGAGGAAGAAUAUCUUCGAUCAGCAAAUUACAGAAAGAGGGAGCGAAAACGAGUGCCAGCAAAGUGAGGACAGUAACGGUGAAGUGGCGCCCAAUACUAAACAGAGGAAGCUCUGCGGACUAUUUCCGCUGCGACGGGCCACUAGUAAAGAAAAAGGGAAGACCGCGGCUUCCAUGGGAAAGAUAUUCAAUUUGUUACGUGGAGAUGUCUACGAGGUUGCCCAACGGUUCUGGGAAGUCGACACUUUGGUCGACAAACCCCUCGGUCUUGUCAUUGCCACAGUCCUCGUCUGGAAAUUGCUUGGGCCCUCCUGCUUUCUCGGGAUCUCCGCUAUCCUGAUAGCUCAGAUCUUAAACGCUUUCAUAACACGUAUUCUCCUUCGAUGGGAAAGAGUGCGCAGAUUAGCAACAGAUACUAGACUCCAGAUAUCGUCUCAGUUCGUGGAGGCCCUUCGCCAUCUUCGCUGGUAUGGCUGGCAAAACCAUUGGCUCAGUCAGGUUAUGGAUGCCAGGCAAUCUGAAUUGAACCUUCGCAUCGUGACUAGUCUUUUCAAUGUUUUAAUCCGCUUUGUCAACACCUUCGCCAGCGGCCUUUUCCCGGUCGUGGCCUUGUAUGCUUAUACAUUGCUGGCUGGGAACCCCCUACGUAUUGACAUUAUAUUUCCAGCAUUGCAGCUCUUCACGAUGCUGGAGCUUCGACUAAGAGAAAUCCCCGGUCUAAUAACAGUGCUUAUCAAUGCCUCUAUCGCCAUGGAACGUAUAGAGGACUUUAUGGCUGAACCUGACAAGCAGAAACAGGCAGCAAUAGGAACGAACGCUGAAGCCCCACUCGUGUUGGAUUCUUGUUACUUUGCAUGGCCUGGUAGAACAUCACCUGUGCUCUCUGAUAUCAACUUGAAGGUUUCACGGGGGUUGACAGUCAUCUGUGGUAAAGUAGGGGCUGGGAAAUCAGCACUGCUUCAAGCCUUACUCGGUGAACUUGAUAGACUGAGUGGUGUUUCCGAGACCCCCAGUGAGAUGGUCGGAUAUUGCUCUCAAACUCCAUGGUUGCAGAGCAUGAGUAUCCGUGACAAUAUUCUGUUCUCCUCCGCGUAUGAUGAACGUCGCUACAAACAAGUUCUCGAGGCCUGCGCAUUACUUCCAGAUCUAGCCAAUUUCAAGCAUGGCGACCUUUCAUUUGUGGGUGAGAAUGGUAUUGGCCUCUCGGGUGGGCAGAAAGCACGUGUGGCUCUUGCACGGGCAGUUUACAGUUCUGCGACAAUAUUAUAUCUUGACGACCCUUUAUCCGCCCUGGAUCAUAACACGGCAGAAACCAUAGUUCGCAGAUGCUUCUCUGGCCCGUUGAUGCAAGAUCGCACAGUUGUCCUUGUUACUCACCGCACCACUUUGGUACGUCAUAUCGCAGACCAAAUUGUUCACCUUCAUGAUGGCAGAGCUACCAUAGAGGAUAGGCAAUCCAUUUCCUCAACCCUUAGUAUCGAUGAUACAGAAGAAUCCUCUUCGUCCCAAUCUACGGAUGAUGAGACUCCAGGUGAAACAGCAGACCUGGAUGAUAAGGCUGCAGUGCCAGACAAGUUUAUUGAAGAGGAACACCGGGCCGAAUGGGGAGUGAAGGCCAAGGUCUACUGGAACUAUAUAAGAGCUGGAAAGUACAAGUGGUGGCUGGUCCUUGCGGUCUUCAUAACCAUGUAUCGUCUCGCCGCUGUUGGUCAAUCCUGGUUCCUCAAGGAAUGGGGCGAGGCUUACAAUCACGGCCAACCGGUUGUAUCAUUUGGCUUCUCACCAUCUUACAAGAAGGCUUCCAUAGGAGGACUGGGAGAACCACUAGUCCUCCCGCAGGCGCUCAACUGGAAGUCAGGGAACCCAUUUGACAAAUUUCCGGCACCAGUUGAAGAUGUCCGACCAUGGCUUGUGGCAUUCUUUGCCAUCACAGUUUUCCAAUCACUAACAAUUCUAGUCUCGCAGCUCAUGAUGAUUGUCAUAGUUUACUGUGCGGGGAAAACAAUGUUCCAGCAGGUCAUGCUGCGUGUCAGCCAUGCCACAUUCCGUUUCUUUGAUGUCACUCCUAUUGGGCGUUUGAUGAACCGGUUGACAUCCGACAUCGGUGUGGUUGACGGCAAUAUCAGUGAACAAUUCCAGCGAAUAUUCUUCCAGGCCAUUGUGUGGGUUUCUUCACUUCUGGUCAUUGCCUCAGUUACACCGACGUUUCUUGCCUUUUCAUUUGUCCUGACUGCCGCCUUUAUCUUUACUUUCCUGCGGUUCCUCCCAACGUCACAAAGCUUGCGACGGCUGGAGAUGGUGUCUCUGAGUCCACUAAUCUCUAACUUUGGAGAACUGUUGCACGGUCUAACUACUGUCCGUGCGUUCCAUGCGGAAUCGCGCUUCCAAGAUAGAGUCAUCGCAGUUGUGGAUAAGUUUCAGGGCAUGGACCACUUCUACUGGUCGCUCCAGAGCUGGCUGAUGUAUCGUUUCGAAAGCUUAUCUGCGCUUUCAACGUUCUGCCUGACUGCCAUUGCAUUAUACACGAAUGUCACUCCUGGCCUGGCGGCGUUCGUUUUGAUAGCAGCGAAUAACUUUGUGGACUCUACGCACGCAUUGUGCAAGCAGUAUGGCCAGCUGCAGAUGGAUUUCGUCUCGGUUGAGAGAGUAGACGAGCUUCUACACAUCGAGCAAGAAUCUCCAGGGACCAUUGAGCCACCGGCAUCUUGGCCGAAAUUCGGCUCCGAUAUUGUCUUCGAGGAUGUUACCAUACGAUAUGCUCCCCAUCUAGAUCCAUCACUGAACAAUAUCUCCCUCCGCAUUCCCGGCGGGUCCACGACAGCCGUCAUCGGCAGAACAGGAAGCGGGAAGUCUACCCUCGCAGUGUCACUGCUUAAUGUGAUUCGCCCAGAUGGCGGCCGCAUCCUAAUUGACGACCAUGAUAUUGCGCAGGUGAGCACCCAAGCACUCCGGACCCGGGUAACAUUUGUUGCGCAAGACCCUGUUCUUUUCCCGGGAAGCAUCCGUCGCAACCUCGAUCCAACUGGCGAGUACACAGAUGUGGAGUGUGCCGACGUCCUCAAACGCAUCUGCAGCAGACACGGCUGGAACUUAGAGACACAUGUUGAAGCCGGCGGUCGAAACCUUAGCCAGGGCGAACGACAACUAAUCGGCCUGUCGCGGGCAGUCUUGCGUCGGAGCUCCAUUGUCAUACUCGACGAGGCAACAGCGUCCAUCGACCACGAGAGCUCGCUGGAGAUCCAGCAAGUCCUUAGAGAGGAAAUGAAAGAGUCGACUGUCAUCACUAUUGCGCACAGAUUGGAAGCCAUCAAGGACGCGGAUUACUAUGUUGUGCUGGACCAGGGACGAGUAUCCCAACAAGGAUACGUAAGGGAUAUGUGA